AUGGCUACAGAUUCGUUGCUACAGCAGAUCCCCUCCGCAGAGAUCGUGAUCCUCGGCGACUUUAACGCCCAACACGCCGAAUGGCUUGGUUCACGUUUAACCGAUCAUGCGGGGAGGUCUGUUCAUGAUUUUGCCUUGGCAUAUGGUCUGACACAACUGGUUACUUCGCCUACGCGGAUUCCAGAUGUGGAGGAUCAUGCACCUUCCCUGUUACACCUUCUACUGACCUCUCACCCGGACGGAUAUCAGGUUUCCGUUGACGCCCCUUUAGGCUCCUCGGACUAUUGUCUUGUUCGGAGUGUGGUGCCACUCACGCUGAAAUCGCAGUUGCAUUCUGCAGGUUGCCGCCUUAUUUGGCACUAUAAGUCAGCCGAUUGGGAUGGGAUGCGGUCUUUUUUUGCAUUCUACCCUUGGGGGCGGGUUUGCUUCUCGCCGGACGAUCCCAACGUUGUUGCGGAUUCUGUCGCUGAUGUGGUACUUCAGGGUAUGGAACUUUUUAUUCCUUCCUCAGUGGUGCCCAUUGGAGGCAAAUCUCAGCCAUGGUUUGGUCGCUCCUGUAAAAUAGCAUCAUGCUAUUAG